UCCGCGGCCCCCGGUCGCGGCGCUCACCUGCGCGGCGGGGCGCGGGCAGUGGGACGGGGCGGGCCGGGCCGGCACUUACAUAGGGCUCGGCGCCCGCAGCGCCUAUAAGAUCGCGGAGCGGUGCGGAGCCGCCCGGGCCCCGCCAGCGCCGCAGGAGCCUCCCGGACUGUUCUGUGGGCACGUUUGCUGGGCUGGGGACCCCGCUGCUGGACUUCAGCCCAACAUCGUAGCACUGGCAAUCGGUUCCAGCUCCUGCUUGCCAGUGUCCUUUAGCCUUGAGACGUGCUCCCAGUGUUUGUGUGCUCCUUGGACCCACAUCCCAACUUCACUGGUUGCUUCUGGCCCCUCUGGACUAAGCGCAGGAUCAAUCCUCCCUUCCCAGGCUCCUGGAGGUGCAGGAUGACUCUCUUCGACGGCGUCUACCCCUUCUACCCGCAGCAGAGGAAGGCCUUCGUGUUCGAUGUCAGCACCAUCAUAGUGAUUGUGGUCUUCCUAACGUUCGCCUGCAGCUUCCUGCUCAUCAUCCCGGGCAUCCGCGGGCGCGUGAGACUGUACUGGACUCUCCGGGUUCUCCUCAGCCUUGUUGUGGGAGUGGUGAUCGUUGCUGUCCAGUUCACAGGGGACUGGGAGACCGGCUGGGCAAAGGCGAACACCUCCUACAAGUCCUUCAGCCAUGCCCUGGUGAACGCAGACAUCGGGCUGCAUGUGGGCCUGGCAGGGGUGAACGUCACGCUCGUGGGAAACCCGGUGAAUCAGCUCAACGAGACCAUCGACUACAACGAGCACUUUACGUGGAGCUUCGGUGCAGACUAUGACCACAGCUACAGCGACGGGCUGGAGAGGGGGCUGCCCAGCCCCAUCCUCUACGUGGCGGAGAAGUUCACCACGCAGAGCCCCUGCGGCGUGCACAGGCAGUACCGCAUCUCCAGCCACUACGCCUCGGCCACUCUCUGGGUGGCCUUUUGCACUUGGCUCAUCGCCAACAUGCUCUUCUCCAUGCCUGUCCUAGUCUAUGGAGGCUACAUGCUCCUGGUGACAGGGGCCUUCCUGAUCUUUUCAUUGCUCUCGUUCUCCACUGUGAGGAACUCCCCGAUGUGCCCAAUUCAGUUUGGGAUCGCAACACUGCGCACAGGCUAUGGGGGAUCUUUCUGGCUCACGCUAGCAAUUGGCUUGCUCUGUUUUGUGGCUGGGAUCACUGUUGUCGCACUGCACUACUUCAGCUUGGACCUACUGAAAACUUUCUUUGAUCUCCGUGAGGACAAAGCAGAGGAAUACCAGGAAAUGACUAAAGUGUACAUCAACCCUCAUUUUGUGAACAAAGGACUGUCUCCUUCUCAGCCCUCUAAACUCAACCCCAACAUCAUCUAGAGGAAAGUUUUUCCCACUCCUUCCCAGAAGGUGGACCUGAAAGGUCAGAGCACAAACACUUCUUGACGUCCCCAGAGACCCAUUCCCCAUCCAACUGCCUCUGAGGAGUGCAUAAGUCCACACUGGGAUGAGUUCUUGCUGAAAAGGAACUUUGCAGACUGUAUCUCCCUGACCAUGCCUUCUGGAAAAGGGCUGGCUUUGCAGAGAGCCUGCAGACUGCAGUCGGAGCAGCCCACAGCUCCAGCAACUCGAGCUGCACGCUCCAGCUCCCACAGCAGAAACUGAGCUCACUGGUGAGAUUUCUCACAGGGAGCACCCACUACUCCAAAAGCCAGUGAUUAAACCUGCUCAUUUCUUUCCCAAGCACUGAUGUUUAGUGUAGACCUUGAGGCGUACCUAGAAAAGCCAGGCACAGACCCAGACUCUGUCAGGCUGGAUGCUGCAUGAGCUGGAGUAAAAAAAGCUGCUCCAGAAAUAAACUGAGCAAAACUACAACGGAGUUUGAAAAGAAUCAUAUCGCCACAUCCUCCCUGGAACUUUUAAACUUGAGCUUUAUUAGAUAAGACUUGUAGGUUAAAUAAGAUUUAUGGGCCAAAAAUAUGCCACAAGAAAGGAAGGAGCUGGAAGUUACCCCCAUCCAUCUGGAGCACAUUUGGACUGGCUGGGCUCACUAUAAAACGCAAGCCCAAGGCGAGGAGUCAGACCCAGCCAAGGUGAGAAAUUAAGUGCAUUAAUUUGCGUUAUUACAAACCGAAGAUGGGCUCUGGCACCAAACCCACUGGCCUGAUGAAGCCUCCAUGGUCUGGUGCAAGGAGCCAGGUCCAAUUGCCAUAUCUGAACGCUGAAGACCUGGGCAGCCUCAGUCCAAUUAAUUAUCAAGGACGUCAUUUCAGUAUUGUAGCUCUUUUCUUUCGCAGAAAAGACCCUCACUGUUAAGUUACUUAUUUCUUUCACGUGAUAUUUGUGCUGUGCUAAUGUGAUUUGUUACACACAAAAACUAUUAUUUUCAAUAAAACUCUAUUAAAAA